GGCCCCAGGAGCUCGGGCAGGGCGGACACGGCUCCAGGAGCCUUUGGACAACGCCCUCAGGCACAUGGAAUCACAGAAUCACGGGAUGGUUCGUGUUGGAAGGGACCAUAGAGGGUCAUCCUGUCCCACCUUCCUUUCCAAGCAGGGUCACCCCAGAGCACACGGCUCAGGAUGGCACAGGAUUGUGUCCAGAAGGUUCUGGAAUCUCUCCAGUGAGGGAGACACCACACCCUGCCUGGGCUGCCUAUUCAGUACUUGGUCACGGUCCAUGCUCCGACACCACCCUUUAGAUACUCAAACACAUCCAUGAGUUCCCCUCUGGGCUUUCUCUUCUCCAGGCUGAACAAACCCAGCUCCCUCAGCCUUUCCUCACAAGAGAAAUAUCCCAGAACCUUGACCAACUUAGCAUCUCUGCACAGGAUCUGCCCCAGCAGUUUCCACAUGGUGGGAUUUCUGGGGGUGUCCUUUGCAGGGCCAGGGGUUGGAUGUGAUCCUGGUGGGUCACUUCCAGCUCAGGAGAUUCUGUGAUUCCAUUUUUCUGUGCAGCAAAACUCGGGGUUCCUGGGGGUGCCUGAGGCUUCACAGGCAGACAGCAAUGCAAAGGGGAAACGUCACCAAAAAACAGAGAAGUGGCCUUUCCCCAGUCCUGGUUUGAUCUUCAGAUCUGUGACCAGACAUGGGCAAUCAGCCAAUUGCCUCGGUGUGAGCAGCCACAGAGUUCUCUUCUGAAUUUCCAUUUCCAGGGACGAGACUUUGUGACACUGUCAGGGGAAAGCAGGCAUGUGUUUCAUAAAGCCUGAGCCUUGGUUAUUUUCCACAGGGAGGCUGUGAGGAGGGGAGGGGGCUCAGGCCCUCAGAAAUAAACUAAAUCCAGCCACAAGCAGUUCCCCCUCUUCUUCGUUUGGAAGCUCACACUUGCCAGACGUGGAAUACCAAAGGGAUGAGUUUUGCCUCCUUUCUGCUUAUUACACAGCUGAGUUAACCCCACAUUUCUGUUUACCUCAACCCGGCUGCCUGGGGCAGUUUCGAGGUUGCAGCGGUGCCGUGGGACGGGCACGGAGCCCUCCUGUUAUUUCACAGAUAUUAUUUCACUGUUAUUAUUUCACAGAUAUUAUUUCACUGUUAUUAUUCCACUGUUAUUAUUUGCAGCAGCGAUGGAAGGGAAAGAAGAGCUGCCUGACGCAUCCUGGCCCACACGUCCUUGUGGUCCCUGUGGCUUGGGGCUGGGCUGAGCUCAGAGCCUGGCCCCAACCACGCCUUUCUGCUCUUUUUAAAGGUUGUUAAAGCAGCCGCUGUCAGUUUGCUGCUCCGCUGCUUCCUCCUGUGUGAAAGGAGAAAUCUCUUCAUGUCUUGGCGUGAGCUCCUUCCCCCCUGGCUGGUGAUCGUAGCGGGGCUGACGGGCAUCCUGCUGCUCUGUGUCUCCACCAAAGAUGUGCCUGUGGCCCCGCUCAGGACCAAGUAUGGCAUUGUUCUGGAUGCUGGCCCAUCCCGCACCAUCCUGUUCAUCUACCAGUGGACAACCAGCAAGGCAAACAAGACUGGGGUGAUCAGAGGAUGCAGUUCCUGUCCUGUGCAAGGUCCAGGAGUCUCCAGCUACUCCGAUUCUCCUCAGAAAGCUGGGAAGAGCUUGGAGCCGUGUUUGAACUGGGCCCAGAAUGAGAUCCCAGCAGAGCAGCACAGCCAAACCCCCCUGUACUUGGGAGCCACCACCAGCAUGAGGCAGCUGAACCUCACCCAUCCCAUCCUCUCUGACAGUCUCCUUGCAGCUCUGACUGGCACUCUGAAGUCAUCCCCCUUCAGCUUUCAAGGGGCACAAAUCCUGUCCAGCCCAGAGGAAGAAGCAUUCAAUUGGGUUGCUGUUAACUACGUCCUGGAGAACUUCUUCAAGUAUGACUGGCGAGGACAGUUGGUCCCCUCCAGGAAGGGGAUGGCAGGAGUCCUGUCCGUGGGAGGAACCUCAGCACAGCUCACUUCUGAGCUGGAAGAAGAGAAGCAGGCCCCAGAGGAGGGAGUGAGGCUGCAGCUCUAUGGGCAGACACACAGGGUGCACACCCGCCAGUGCCCCUGCCACGGCACGGAGCAGCUCCGCCACAGGCUGCUCUCCGUGCUCAUCCAGGAUCAGAGAAGUGCUAAAACCGUCUCCAACCCCUGCUGGCCCCUCACCUACUCCCAGGAAGUGCAGUGGCAGUCAGUGCAUGCUGGGCCUUGUGCUGCCAGUGAUGACACACGGGACAUCCCUGGCCCCAAGGAGGUCUUCAACAUCACGGGCUCCAGCAACCCCACAGCCUGCAUCAGCCUCGUGCAAAGCCUGCUCAACUCUUCCUCCUCCUGCAGCUUCUCCAAGCAUUCCCCCAGCAGUGGUCUCAAGCCCCUUCAGACCAGGUUUCUGGUGGUUUCUGAGGCCAUGGACUUCAUGAGAGGAACUGUACCUUCUCCUGACUUGGGUCAGGCUGUCAAGAGGCUGUGUGGGAUGUCCAUCAAAGAGCUGAUUAGGGAGUCCCAAGCAAGCCUGGAUAUACUUGUUGAUUACUGCACUGUGUCUGCCUUCAUCUUCCAUCUCAGUACAACAGGAUACACACUUGACUUUGACCGGCCUGCUUGGACUGCAUUCCAGAAGAUGGGUGAUAGAUCAUCUGGCUGGACUCUUGGGUACCUGCUGAGUCUGACCAGCAGCAUCCCCCAGGACAGCCCAAGCUUCCUCAAGGGGAUUGAGCCGGGGGUCUGGUCCUUGCUCCUGAUCCUCUUCGUCGUGCUGCUCAUGGGCUCCUUCAUGCGCAUCUCGUACCGAGUGAUGGUCAAGGACAGCAGCUCCAGUCACAGGAACAGCAGAGUCUUUGAUGACUGACAGUUUUCUGUGACUCAAGACUCUCAUCAGAGCACAGUUAACAGGGUCCAGACAGAAAUCACAGAGGUGUAAGUCACUGGAGGAUGAAAGUGAUUUUCCUGCAGGGCUCCCAGCAACUUGCUGGUACUUGCACUGCUGUACUUUGAGACAAUGGAUCCUGCUCCACAGGAGGUUUGUGAUUCCUGGUGGAUGGCAAGCUAUUCAUUCUCCAAACAAGAACAGCCUGCAUGGCUCUUCCUUGGGCUACAGCUGGGAUUACUCAUGUCAAACAUGAAAUGAUGCCUCUGAGCAGGCAGGCCCUAAGCUAUUGUGAAGUUAAUAUUGUAUAAUCAGUCAAAUCAGAAGAGGUGAUGUCUGAAAAAAGUGCUCUGUCCUCUUCUGUGUCCUCUCAAGAGAGAUGAUACAUUAGUGAAGACUGGAAGAGCAUUAAAAUACAGAAUCCAACAGCCAACAGCUCCCAUAUUCUAGGGGAAAUGCAGGUAUUUUCUACCUGAUAUGUCUGUGCUUCCAUCUCAGUGGUGGUGGCCACAUGCCCCUUCUAAUGAAUGCUCCUACUGACCAGGAAUCCUCCAAAACAAAUCCUUCUUAGUCUUGGCCUCUACAAAAUGCACAUAGGAUCAAAGGAGAAACAAAGGGCACAGACACACAGCUGAGUUUUUGUCUCCCAGCUGAGUCACAGCUACACAGCGUUAAAAUUGCCAAUUUAAACUCUUUAGCAAGGACUCAAAUUAACACAUUUAAUUUCAUGUGUGCUAAAGCUGAGCUCAUGCUGGGCUGAGGUUCACCUGUUUGUUCAUUGGCACUGACCUGCUUCUCUUGCUGACUCUGGAAGUGUCUCAGCUGACACUGUCCUUUAGACCAGAGUAGACUCAGGAACAGAAGCUUUCCUAAUUGUCACUUUCAUACUAGACCAUGACCAGAGUUACUUUAUGAUUUAAUAAUCAGGAUUCCCCUAGGACCUGGCAGUCAUCCUGGCUCCUCUGCUCUGCUCUGUAUGUCUGAAGGAUGAGGUGCUGUACAAAUUCUGUGUUACUGUGGAGAAAAGGGAUCAAUUCACAAAUACUGGCCUUUGACUAAAGCUUUAGAGCUCACUCCUCAACUGCUUCAGAGACUUAAAACACACAGACUGUUAAGAGCCUCAGGGACAAGUGUCUCCAAGGCUUUUCAGACCACUUUAAACAGAAAUGUAAAUGCUCACAGAUACAGUGAUGUGCCUUGCAGGAUUUUUAAAGCUACCAUGGCACCUAAAUCCUUUCAAAUCUGAUUAUUCGUCCCUUGUGCUCCCAACUGAUAAUAUAGGACACACACACCCCAUAAUAUUGGGGCAUUCAUGUAUUUUUCAGGCAAAUUAAUGAAGGUUUGGAACCUGCCAGUCAAGUUUAGAGGGGUGUGGAAACAGACUUAAACAAGCUUCAUAUUCAUUUCUUUGAGUUGCAUGUUAGAUAUUUUUAAUUAUAUCAUGUCAUUAAAGAUGUUUUAAUAGAC